GCCCUUCAAGAUGUCGUCUCCAUAUAGAAGAGACUUCAAGUCCCCCAAAUCGCCUAGAUCUGUGGCCCGCUUGAACGGUCUCUACAAAGAGAGCGCGUGGUACUGCAACUGCAGCCCAGACCGAGAGCCAGCCAUCAGGUUCCAGGUGAAGAAAGAAGGGCCAAAUAGAGGACGAUGGUUUUACACAUGUCAAAAACCGCAGGGCCAGCGCUGCACGUUCUUUCUCUGGAACGAAGACGCCGAGAUCCGCGAGAAACACGUCGUGAUGGCGAAUUCCGACUCUGAACAAGACCUCCGGGUCCAGUCUAAUUCCAACUUACCUCAAACUCCAACCAAGAGCACCCAGCGCUCUAACGGGCUCUUCACACCUCAAACUGAUCGCAGAAUCAUAGACAUCCCGCCCCGCCAAUCCGCCUCCAAACCCGCGAAAACCUCCAUGACCCCCAAAGCCCGCAUGAUGGCCGAAGAUACUGACGAGUUCGGCUGGGAUCUCGACUCAGAAGACAACGCUGAGUUAACGCAAGCAAGCCAAACCGCUGAGGAAUCCUUCGUGUCACAACCGAAUUUCCAUUCUGGUUCCCCGCCAUCCAAAGCACCCCGCACCCCGCGAAAUGACUCUCCAGGCAAGCGCAAGCUAUCAGACUACGCAUACAAUCAAGCAAAUACCACCGAAUCUUCUCCUUACUAUGGGACACCAGGCUCAGCGCUCUCUUCCUCAUUCCGACCUCCGCCUGCCUCAGCUGAGCUAUGCAUGACGCCCACGCCGAAGCGAUACCGGGAUUCCGAUGUACUCAACGUGGACUCGCGAUGUGACGAAUCAGACUUUGCAAAGGAACUCAUGGCGAUAUUCAAGAAACACGAGGUUGUUAUUCCGAAUGAGGCGAGGGAUGAGUUCGUGUCGCGACUUAAUCUUGAGGAUUCGAGAUAUAAGGGUGCGCUGAGGGCGAGGGAUAUGUUGAGGGAAGCUAUGAAGAAAAAGGAUAAGGAGAUUUUGGAGCUAAAGGAGAAGAAUACGAACUUGAAGGCCCAGGCUGAAAUGGUUCAGAAUAUGGUCAAUUCGUUUCACGAAUGA